UCUCUUUCAUGAAUAAUUAUGAAUUAUUUUGAAUUACUUUGAAUUACUUUGAGUGAGUAUUGAGGUACGUUAGGAAGUUUCUCUACCAGUUUCAGAUAUUUCAUACCAUUGAAAGGUAAUUUUCUUCCAAGCAGAUCUUUUUCAGCCUAUUUUAAUUAUUUACAAAUCUCUAAUCAGGUGUACUCCGAGUGAAGAAAAAAAAUAAUUAUUCCGACGCCAUAUGUUUUACAAUCCCACGUAUAACAUACAUCAGUUUAUCCUAUAGUGCAUGCGCACAAUGAUGCAGUCAAGCUGCCAUUCAGUGUGGAGUGUAAAAAAUAAAUAGUCGAUUGAAUUUUUUAAAGAUAAUUCAAGCUGAGAAAGUGAGCACAAGGCCGAAUGUCGUGUUUGACGAACGUAUUGAGACGAAGAUACGCACGUCAGGAGGCAGCAGGCAGAUGAGUAACGAUGUUCAAUAUAAAAAUGAGAGUAAAUCGCGUGAAUGGCGAGAUGAGUUGAUACGACAGGGAAAGGUAAAUGUUAAUUAACGGAUUAAAAUGAGAAGAUCAUACGGUAAUUCUGGAGACAGAAGUAACGAGAGUCUCGAGAUUACGAGACGAUUGUACAGGGGAGCAACUGAUCUUGCAAAAAGACUCGACGAGCAGAAAAGUUGUGCCCUCACAACAUCGGAUAUUUUUACACCUUCCGGGGAAAUUUUGAGGACUAGAUUGAAAGAUUAUUGCGAACGACUUAUUCUCAAGGAUCCAGUAAAUCAUGCCAGGAAGAUUGAGGAGUUAUUGUGGAGGAGAGGAUUUUACGAUGUUAUUGCUGCUGCCAAGAAACUUAGGAAGGCAAAUAUCUGGAGUGAUGCAGAAAAAGCACUGCUCUCCACCCACUUGCACGUGGGUGUUGGAUUUUACCAUCACUUGAUACUCAGAUUACAACAGGAAUCUAGGCUUGAUUUAUCUGGAAUUGUGGACUUUGCAUUCCCUGGACAGAAAGAUCCAGUAGUGAUUAGGGAAACAAAAUCUUCAAAGCUGCAAUCAGAGGAAUUUCGUCAAUGUGUCAUGAAAAUAAUUCACAGAAGUUUAAUAUGCUUGGGUGAUCUGGCCCGUUACAGAUUGGACUUGGACUCUAACUGGGAUCCCAUGAUUGCCACGAGAUACUACAAAAUGUCAAUAGCCAUAGAUCCUAACAUUGGAAUGCCGCACAAUCAACUGGGAACAUUGGCAGGCAAUAAAAAUUACGGUAUUGACGCCGUUUAUCAUUAUCUGAGAUGUAUCCUGUGCUCCGAACCCUUCGAGGGGACUGAGGGCAAUCUCAAGAGAAUCAUUUCCACUCAUUCCUAUUGCGGAAAGGAGAAAUUACCAUCUCAACGCUGUACUGCGAGGUUAUUUACAUUGUUGCAGAAAUGGGAUAAUGAUUCUUCGAGUAUCGAACGGAUAAACGAAGACUGUGAAAAUUUAUUGAGAGAAAUAGAGAACAGUUUGAUAUUUGAAAAAAUCGAAACUCACUCACGAAGUUCCCCCAUAAAAAGCGAAACAAUUGAUGAUUUUUUCUCAAUCCACAAAGCCGAGCAGUCCCCCCAUCUGAACGAAGACGUGGUCUUUAAAAUGGUUGCCAUUUGUCUCAUGUCUGUUUCUAAACUCCAAUCAAAAAAUUCUCCUCACGUCCAGAGCGUCAUCGCUUUCAUUCUAUCACUCCUCUCCAAAUUAAUUCAAAUAACAAUAAUUCAUCUUCAGGAAUCAAUCAUUGAAUCAUCUUUGUUGAAUGGAGAAGACCUUGAGGAUAAUCUCAACGUCAAUCUUAUAAUUUCUGAGACUGAAAAAGAUGACAAUGAGAAAGACAAACGACAAUCAGCCUCAAAUGAGAGGAAGAAAAAUGGAAAUCUGAAUGGAACGCCGAAAAAACCCCGAGACAAAUCCAAAUAUCUAUUGAGAAAACUCCGGCGACCUAGAAAGAGAUUUAACAGCUCAGAUUCCGAUGGAAGUGAUAUUGAUGGCCCUGGAAUAGGUUCCUCCAGCGACGAACUUAAUUCCGAUAUUUCGGAGACUGACGAAGAGGAUGAAAUGAGCCAGGGACGUGAUGAUCCAUCGGAGGACGAGAUGGAAAAUAUCUUGAACGAAGAAACACAACCUGAAGCUCCAAAAAUCGAAACGAAUGGUCACACGGCUCCAGAGGACGAAAACACUUCCACCAAAAAUAAUCCUCAGGUGACAGUCAUUGAACAAAAUGAGAAAAAUCUAUCAAAUGAAGAUGACAAUGCCCAGUCCCCAGAUCUGACAUUCAUAGCUCGACUGAAAAAGCGAAAUCUCAGCUCAAAAGAUCUAUUGAGCAUUUUCUGCAGAGAGGAAUUGCUACAGUCGAUCAAGAUCUCCUUCGACUGGAUUAAGAGUCACCCUGAGAUGGUUAAAAUUAUUGCAAGGAGCUCGAGGACUCUGUUGCAGAGAAUCGUUAAUCUAUCGAAUUUACUGAUGAUUGAAGUGGACGAGGUUUUAACGGAUUUGAAGAAAGAUUCUGGGGUUUUGAGGGACAAAGAUUGUUUUAUGGGGUAUGUGAGGUCAAUCCCACUGCCUGAGGAUAGUGAUCUCAAGGGUCUAGACGUUUUGAAGGGAGCACACGAGGAUUUGAACUGGGGAAUUUUGCGGAAUUUCAAUAUAACCAGAGUAGAGCAGGUAUUAUUAAGAACUCAGAAAAUGGUUUCUCUCGGGGAAUAUUUGACGAGGGUCGAAGAAGCUGGAGUCAGCUUCGACGAGACACAGAAAGUCCUCUCAGUAAAUGAUCCCAAGGAUGAGGAAAUUAUUGCGGUGAAAGAAGAGGGGGGGUGUGAGAAGGAGAGUGACAAUAACUCGGAUCAGUCGAGAGGGAAAUUGAUGAGACACAUGGGGAAAUUGUGGUUGAAGGCCGAGGUCAGGGCCCUGGAAAGUCGUCUCAGAUCAAAAUUAAUGUCGGCAUAUCUGGUGCCUGAUCAUGAGGCUCUGGCCAAAUUUAUGCCUGUGCUCAAGAAGCUCAUGUAUGCCAAAAAAUUUAUCAUCGUUAUUCCAUCUGUUGUUGUUCAAGCUUUGGACGAAGUGAAACGCACUAGCAGUCAAGCACGUGAAGCAACAAGAUGGUUGGAGACUCAACUUCGAAAAGGAUCGAGAUUUUUGAGAGCUCAGAGGCCCCACGAGCACUUGGCUCUGCCCUACAUCAAGGGGCCAAAGCCCAAGGACAAGGAGGCUUGGUCAUUCUUUCAAAUUAUCGAAUGCUGUCAUUAUUUAACACAACAAAGCAAUGUGGGACUCACCAGUGAAUCUGGAUCUCCUGUCGUUACACUCCUGACGGGCACUUCCGUUGAAGAGAGGAAGUCAUCGACAUUCAGCAGCGAUGGUCUGGCUAAAACAGCGGGAAUAAAUCUUGAACACAUUGAGUCCUUUCACACAAAAUGGAAAACAUCGAGCAAGAGCCACGGUUGAAGGUAUUCCAUUAAUCAUCGAGUUUCCUGGCUACAAUUGACAUGAUCAAGUCGUCGAUCAAGUGACCAAGAGGGCUAUAAACUGAAUCACUCGUUGAAGGAUAUCACAAACAAUCUUGAUACAUUGAAGACAACGCACGAAUUCAGUGGGUUGGAAACCCAAGAGGAAUUAACCGAUCAUUUAUGGUGGAAAUAUCUCCAUAAUAUCUCCAUUUUUCUGUUCUCUUCUCUGUAUUUCUCUUUCGAGGAUUUAAUAAAGUAUUCUUUUCAUUUAUAUCGAUGAAUCUUUUGUAUCAAAAUAA